CAUGUGGGAGUAUUUAUACCUGGAUGGAAGCUUUAGGGGUGUUGCUGGGUUGAAGGACUCCCUGAAGCCCAGAUGGUGGCCAUGGCCCAGAGUCCACUAGACAGAAAGUCUAAGAGGCAGAUAAAGUGAGCAAAAGAGACCACAGCAUUCAAGUUUUCUUCAAUGCAAUAGGGGCUGAACUCGAACCUGGGCCUCAAGCAUAGCAAAGCAGCACACUAUUUAAAUGAGCUAUUUUGCCAACCCAACCACUCUUCAAAGAAUUCUAAUUAAGGCAGGGGUAGCUGACCCAUUUUUCUGAAACCAAGCUACGAUCAAGAGCCAGAAGGGCCAGAAUCCUGACCUCAGAACCAUCGAUUUUGCUGCCCACUGAAGAUGCAGGGACAGACCCUCCCAAGGGAACUUCCAGUCUUGUCCCUCACCUGCCAUUUGCCAUCUGCUGCUGGAGCUUUCAGGUGUGGAUGAGAAAGCUGAGGUGUUCCAAGCCGGCUUUCUUCGAGGCCAGGACUGGGUGAUGGUGUCGCUACUCCCGCCACAGUCUGACGUCACACUGCCGGGCCCCACCAGACUGGAGAGUGAACCCCCAGGGGACCUCAUGCAGGCACCGGGCCUCCCAGGCUCUCCUGCCCCACAAAGCAAGCAUGCCGGCUUCAGCUGCUCAUCAUUUGUGCCUGAUGGCCCUCCAGAGAGGGUUCCCUCACUGCCCCCACACAGCCCCAGCAGCGCAUCACCAGGCCCUGAGCAAGUUCAGGGUCACUGCCCAGCUGGCCCUGGCCCUGGCCCCUUCCGGCUGUCGCCCUCAGACAAGUACCCUGGCUUCGGCUUUGAGGAAGGCCCAGCAAGUAGCCCCGGGUGCUUCCUCAAGGGCAGCCACGUGCCUUUCCACCCAUACAAGCGGCAUUUCCAUGAAGAUGUCUUUCCUGAGGCCCAGACAGCCUUGGCCCUCGAUGGACACGCCUUUAAGACCCCAGGGACACUGGAGGCCUUCGAGGAGAUCCCCGUGGAUGUGGGGGAGACCGAGGCCUUCCUGCCUGGCUUCUCAGCGGAGGCUUGGUGCAACGGGCUCUCGUACCCCAGCCAAGAGCACAGCCCCCAAAUCCUGGGGCCAGAAGUUAAAGUCAAGCCCCCAGCUCUGGAGAGUGGUCCUGGGAUGUACUGUUACCAGCCCCCUUUGCAGCACAUGUACUGCCCCUCCCAGCCCCCCUUCCACCAGUACUCACCAGGUGGUGGCAGCUACCCUGUACCCUACCUGGGCGCUUCACACUAUCCAUACCAGCGGAUCGCACCCCAGGCCAAUGUGGAUGGGCACCAGCCUCUCUUCCCGAAACCCAUCUAUUCCUACAGCAUCCUUAUCUUCAUGGCCCUCAAGAACAGUAAAACUGGGAGCCUUCCCGUCAGCGAGAUCUACAACUUUAUGACAGAGCACUUUCCUUACUUCAAGACAGCACCUGAUGGCUGGAAGAAUUCUGUUCGCCACAACCUAUCACUCAACAAGUGCUUUGAGAAGGUAGAAAACAAAUCAGGAAGUUCCUCUCGAAAGGGCUGUUUGUGGGCCCUCAAUCCAGCCAAAAUUGACAAGAUGCAGGAGGAGCUGCAGAAAUGGAAGAGGAAAGACCCCAUUGCUGUGCGGAAAAGCAUGGCCAAGCCAGAAGAGUUGGACAGCCUCAUUGGAGACAAGAGAGAGAAGCUGGGCUCCCCACUGAUGGGCUGCCCACCGCCUGGGCUAGCAGGCUCAGGUCCCAUCAGACCCCUGGCACCUCCAGUUGGGCUCUCCCAGCCGCUGCACUCUCUCCACCCAGGUCCAGGCCCCAUGCCUGCCAAGAACCCCCUUCAGGACCUACUUGGGGGACACACGCCCUCCUGCUAUGGGCAGACAUACUCGCACCUCUCACCAAGCCUGGCCCCUCCUGGACCUCCACAGCCAUUGUUCCCACAGCCGGAUGGACACCUUGAACUUCGGGCCCAGCCUGGCACCCCCCAGGACUCACCUCUACCUGCCCACACCCCACCCAGCCACAGCACCAAGCUUCUGGCUGAGCCUUCCCCAGCCAGGACCGUGCAUGACACCUUGCUGCCAGAUGGAGACCUUGGCACUGACUUAGAUGCCAUCAACCCCUCUCUCACUGACUUUGACUUCCAGGGUAACCUGUGGGAACAGCUCAAGGAUGAAAACUUGGCCCUUGACCCCUUGGUGCUGGUGACCUCAUCCCCAACGUCAUCUUCAAUGCCUCCACCACCCCACUGCUUUCCCCCAGGGCCUUGUCUGACGGAGACAGGUGGUGGGGCAGGCGACUUGGCACCACCAGGCAGUGGGGACUCUGGGGCCCUGGGUGACCUGCACCUCACCACCCUCUACUCAGCCUUCAUGGAGCUGGAGCCCACGCCCCCGUCAGCCCCUGCCGGCCCCUCUGUGUACCUCAGUCCCAGCUCCAAGCCCAUGGCCCUAGCAUGAGCUCCAGCCACUGCUGAUCUGGAAGUCCCAGCUAGCUGCCCACAUUGGGCUGACUUGAAAGGUCAAGGAAGGAAAACAGUCCCUGUCCCCUAAAGCCACUAAGCUGGCAGCCAGGGGUGGGAGAAGAUACUGCCCUGGAAGCUGCCCCUCACACAUUUCUGUCGCCUGCUGAGACAGCUUCUCACUAAGGCCCCUGAAGAGCAAGCAUCUGGCAGGAACAAAGCACACUCUCCCUCCACACUCACAUGCCCUUAAGGCCUCAUGUGUGCAUAGUGCAACACAGCUGUUCAGACAUAGGUCCACCCACAUACCUUAUACCCAGGGGAAUCAGAACUUCAUCCCGGAGCACCUUAUUUUCUGCGGCAGCUGAAAGUCAAGGGCUUUGGCUGCCAAAAGCUCAAGGCCCCACACCAGGCCCAACACCAGCCUGGAGUCCAGUUCUGAGCCCCCCCACCCAUGUUCUCUGUAGCCUGGUUCCCCCAGGCAUGCUUUUUCCCACAGCCCCCUCUAUUUAUUCUCCUGUCUCCAUCCCGGUGGCCUAUCAAGGAGGAGGAGUAUCUCCCCAAGUUAUUUGUGAGACCCUUUCUUAGGAGGAGUUGGCCAAACUCCACCCAUCCUCAACCCAAGUACUGUCUGGUCCCCCUGGGGUGACACAGAGGCAGGGUAGCAUCCACCCAGGACCAAACUGAGCCCAAGUCCCACCUGAAGCAUGUGGGAAAGCCUUUGCCCUCAGAAACUUGAAUGUGUCCUCUUGUCCCUCCCUGGGUGCAGGAAAGGCCCUUCCAGGUCACCAGUCUCACUCCUUCUCUCUGAAAAAGAAGUUCAUGUAGUUUAGCUUCUGGCUCAUCUGGAAGCCAGGGCAUUCAAGGAAGAGGUUCCAGGUACAAGCUGGUGGGGAGGACCAUACCCCUUCCUCACUGCCUGGCAGCAGCACGGGAUACUCCCUGAAGUGAGGGCUGUAGCCCAGUUGCCCUCCAAGCCCCCCUGAGAACCCAGCAGAGAGUUGGGGGAGUAGCCUAUCCUGAGUCCCCAGGUUCACAUGAGGUCCUCCGAUGCCCUGCCAGUGUCCCCUGUUCUGGAUCAAUAAAGCAAGUGCCUUGUG